CGCCGACAGAGCCGCUCAGUUCGCGGGAGACGACUUCGCCUACGCCGGGCCCGAGUUGGGCGGCGGCGCCCUGGGGGUGCAGCUCACCUGCGACGUGAAGCCAGGAGAAAAUGAAGUUCCAUCUGAAGAUGCCCUAAUACUACAGCUUCACCUUGCAAAAGGUCAUGAAAAAUUUACUGAAAUGCUAAAAAGCCAACAGCAGAUCAUUGCAGAUUUGCAGCAAAAACUUGCUGAACAGCAACAUAUAUUGGUUAGCCAGCAACGGGAGAUUCUUGAACAGCAAAGAAAAAUGUAUGAGCAAAUGGAUCUGAUCAAAGUGCAGUAUGGCAUGCUUUUUGACACAGUGAAACAAAUGUCAUUUCAGAGUUUGCAAGAAGAUAUUCAAAAUUAUUUUGAAAGUCAUCUUCAAGGACUUCAGAACCAGGUCAGGAAUCAUCUCCAGAAGUCAUACUCUGUGCAUAAAGUAGAAGUGGAUGCAAAAGUGAUUAAUGUCGGGGAGUCUUUGCUGGACUGUGGUCUUUGUGAAAGUGAUGAAUUUUGCAAUUUCCAAAAGACACCUUCACAAUGUGAAAAAUGCACAUUGUGUCCUGCCGGUUUUUUCCAAAUGGCUGAUUGUUCUGCAAACUCUGAUCGGAUUUGCCAGGACAGAGAUGAAUGCACUGAAUCUCCAAGCAUUUGUGGUGAGAGAAUAAAAUGCCUGAAUACUCCAGGUGGCUUCCGAUGCCUUGGAAUUGCUGAGAAAGAUGCAGCUCUGGGACUGUGUGGAGAUGAGUAUUUCUUUAAUAAGGAAAUGCAAGAAUGCCAGGCGUGUUUGAAAUGUGAGGAUGGAAUGGUGGCCAUGCCUUGUUCCACUGUCAGUGACACGGUUUGUUCAGCAACCAGUGAAAGCAAGCUAUCAGAAUCUUGGGCUGCAAACAUCAUUUUACCAUCUGUGAAAUCUGGCAUCUCUCAGGUCUACUCUGGCUUGAACUUAAAGAUAAGGGAAAAGCUUCACUGUGACAUCCUGUCCAUUGAAGAUCACAGCCUGAUAUUCAGGCAGCAUGGUCUGUUGUGGACUGACCUAAAUUUUGCAGUAAAACACAACUGCAGGAAUUUUUUGCAACUUUCCUUAAAGCUAAAUGGCAGUGAGGAAGGCUAUGAACUGAGUGGUGUUCGCAUUGAACAGCCAGAAGGAAAAUAUUUCCAGAGCACCAGUUUAAGCAGUGCUGCUGAGGUGGAGCCCAGCCAAACUCUUUCUGUGUUUCUGAGGAGCCCAAACCAAUUCUGCAAUCGAAGUAAAGACUUACAUAUUUAUGAUCUUAAUAGUCCACUAAGUUUGUUUUGGUUGUCUCAUGACACGGGUGCUGUGGCAAUCAGUGCACACAUGUCAACAGCAAUACAUUACCAAACCAACUAUCGACCUACAUUUAAAAUAGUUUCUGUUUCCGACCCUUACAUGCUAAGUUUAUCUCAUGAUGGCAGAGCUAUAAAAUUCACUGAAACAGGUGUUGUCAAAUUUGUGUUGCACCAAGCUUUGUAUUCCAUGGGUCACACUUGUGUCCGGGAGGGUUUCUCUUUAAUUUCUUACAUAAAUAGGAAUGGUACCAACAGAGAAUUAAUGAAUGUAUUUAAAUCUGGGGUAAAUUACAGAGACACAUCAAUAUCUGCUUCUGGGGCCACAAAAGUUGCUGCUGGAGAUCUGAUUAGCUUUGAGAUUCUCUCUCCUGCACAAUGUAAUGUUCGAUAUUUUGGAGAUAGUUCUGGGAUAAGUAUGUUUAGCCUCAUCUGGAUACCUUCAGCAGUUUCUAGUGCCAUAUCAGCCACAGUUUCUGUUACAGGCCUGCCUACUGGAGCUGUGAGAAACAAAUUACUGGAUUUCACCCAGAUAUCAUCCAAUGAGAAACAGAUACAGCUGGUUUCUUCUGGACAGCUUGCUCAGAAGUACUUCAUUUUCACAGAAAAGGGAGUUGCCAAUCUUGCUUUCAACUUAAAGCUAAUCCAUUCAUGCAGUGUGCUUAAAGUGACUCUCAACCGGUUGACCAUGGACCACAUGCAGCCCACAGCAAUUGCUCAGCAGAUUGGAGGGCAGAUGCCAGAGGGAAGCAUAUGGACCAGUGUGACUCUCCGUGCAUCUUUUGAAGUACAUAAUGGAACGCUGAUAUCAGUUUCUCUUGACUGUGUACGUGGAAGGAUCAAUCAGAUCACUCAUGAACAUGGAACCAGUAUAUCUAUCUUAUGGAUUUCAUCUUAAUUUCUGUACAGUGAAGACAGGACAGAACUGGGGUUUAAAUUGGAUUUGGAUUCUACUCUGAUUCUUUUUCUAUAUUUGCCACCUUACAGUGUGUCAGCGUGAAAAUAUUGUCCCGCUGAAGUGCUCUCAAAUUUAGGAAUAUUUAAAUUUAAUCUUAAUUAAGUGACCAGUAUUUAAAGAAAAGAGAGCUUUCAGAGUUCCAAGAUAGUACUUCUGUGAACAUCUUCAGGCAAGGUGACUAUGAAUUCAACUCAAAACUAUUUUUUACAAAGCAGUCUCUUAAAAUCAAUUAUUUCUGGACCACCGAAAAUUGCAGGCGAGAGUAAAUACCUUUUGGUGAUGGAACUGAAAGCAGCACAGCCAAGUAAUGGAAGGCUGCUUUCACUUUCUUCUGCCGACAAGACUAAAUGCACUUGGAGGCGAAUUUGUUUACAUCUUAUAAAACGUUGUGCUUGAUCCUUAAGUGCCUUAAGCGUGCCUCAAAGUAGAAAUGAUAAUACGGUAGCAUUGAACUAUACUUGCACAGUAUUCUAAAAAUGGACUCGGGUCAAGAAUAGAACAUUGUUUUUACAAAAUAUAAUCAUUGUUCUCAUCAUGAACACUGUAACUAACGAUCAUUCUAAUUUAAUUUUGAAAUAAUCUGCUUUUAAGUAAUUUGGAAAGACUUGUUCCCAUUUUAAGUUGUAGCCAGUGAAAGGUUGCAUGAUGAGAAGGAAGAAAGUAUUAGAAAAAUGUCUUGAAAGUUAGACUUUAAAAUGAAACAGACUUUCAUUCAGUUUCUUACCAAUUCUGAAUUAUUUUUUCCGACCAAAAAGGGACACCAUUCACAAGCAUGCUUAUUUUGCUGAACUGGUGCUUAAUUUUAGAAGUUCUUUUUUGUUAAAUCACUCAAUUCUAAAAUGAAAUGAUGUAUUCAAUUAAGCUGAUUAUUGUCUUCUUCCAACUCUUCUGUCAAACUGCUCUUUCUGAUCUGCAUUUCUCUCCUUUCUUCUCCUGAAGCAUCACUGCUGCUUCACUCUGUUCUUAUUUUGUUAGGAGCAAACAGCAUGCUCUGCCGUGUAGCUCAACUCCUUCCAGCCAUCCUUCAUCAGUCCUACUAAAGAACAGGUGUGUACGUCUGUCAGAUUUGUAAGAGGAACAUUAAUUAGACACUUGCAGGCUGCCUACCCUCAACCUAUUUGAAAGUGAGACUGCAAUGCAUGCUCUAACUUUAUUGUGGGUUUCUGCCUGAGCACGUGUAUCUAAAAUGCACGCACUUCCCGUGCUCUUCACUUGUUCUAGAGUUUGUUGCAAAUUUCCUGUAAAAGUACGAACCCAUAUGCAAGACUUCUAUCCAGUGUUUCCAUUUUUACUUGUAAUUUUUUAAUCCUGUCAUUACCACUUGGGGCUGCCUUUCCCUCAUCCUUUUUUCUUCAGGUUUAUACUCAGAGAUAUGCAGGCUUUGGACAGAUUGUUCUCCUGUACCAAAUGGAAAACUGGUUUUCCUUGUUUCAGCUCUUAAGUCUGAGCAACCUGAUGCAAUAUACCUCAUUGGAUGUUGUGUUGAGGCCAACACAACCACAGUAAGUUCAGUCCUGGUGUCAUACCUUCUCUGAUAAACUCACCUCUACAAAGAGGUGGGUUUGCAAGAAGGGGGUCAAAGGCCUUCCUCUCAGAAGCAGGGAGCUCACUGCUGUAUCAGGAUGUCUGUGCUGCAAGAGAAGCUUUGCAGAGAGCAGACCUGGGUAUUUCUGCAGUGAAACUGCAGGGAAGUCAGUGUUGGAGAAGGCUUGAAAUAAUAUGCUUACGUUUUUAUUUGACAAAAAGUCAAGCAAAUAAUUUUCUCACAGACAUAACCCCUUAUUUUUCUUGGCUGCUUUGCCGUAUGCAGUUGUUUUAAAGGCUGUCACCCCCAUUAAAAUGAUAGCUUAAGAGUCAUUCUGGAUUUAAACCUGUGUAGCAGAUAAUCAGAAUCUAAUGUAGGAUGUAAUCUAAUACAUCCUCAGCAAAGUGCAGAUGUUACUUGAAUAUAAUAAGCAUUUGCCUUUAUAUAGCAUAUAGCACAUCUAACAGCAUGAUUUGUAUAUGUAUAUUUUACUUGAGUGAGUUUGUAAUACCAGUGGAAUUGCUUGAAUAUGGAGAAGACUGAUGCUCAAACCCUGUGUUGUGCACAUGGUCAUGGCACUUCCAUUUAAAUGUGCCGUUAUUAAAGGAUGCAGAAACUACCAGGGAGCUGCAAAUGGGCAUUGUUACAGCUGAGGGAGAUUUCAGAGUGUGAAUUCUUAAAUACAGUACAUCUUUUCUGAAGAUUCUUGGGGGAGUGCUCAUAAUUGCCCUCAAAUUAAGAGUAGAUUUUUAGGUGCACAGGGCAGAAAUGCAGUAUUUUGCACCCAUCUGGUAAUGGUAAUGCAUUUCAUAUAAUUUUGCUAUUGUCAUCUGUGAUAAAUUACUCACAUGAUGAAAAAAAAAUUCUUCUAAAUACAAACUAUUAACUGGAACUUGCAGCAAGCUCAGCCUUAUUUCAGUCAAGAAGGACUCGUUGUUUGAGCCUGUUUUCAUCUCUUUCUAUAAAAAAAAAACAGCCUAAAUUAAGAGCUCAGGCAACUUACUUACUGUAACAUGAAUUUGGAGUAAGUGUGUUGGAGUCAGAGUGGAUUUAUGGUAGUCUAAAUAACAGCAUAGUAUAUAGCCUUUGCCUCUAUGAAAAUGAUAUAUAUUACCUCAUUCCGUGCAACAUUAAGUGGUGCACUACAGUCCUACAUAAGAUGAAGUUCAAAAGCAAUCAGACAAUGUAUGAUGAACGCUAAUUUUAUGGCACUUAUCCCAUUUGCUGUAAUUAAUUGCAUGCUUUAUUCUUGACAGAUAUACCCUAUCAAUUAUAUUUACAACUUAGGAACUUCUUAUUUCAAGUUUUCAUAUGGUUUCUUUCUUUUAGUAGCAUAAUACAGUGCUGUAAAGUACAGAAUUCAUUUAUUUUUUUUUUUCUUUUGCAUCUUUUGAUACCACAUUCAUGAGUACUCUUAAAAACUUGGGAGACAGUGUCUCCAACCCUUGCUUCUAGUGGGUGUUUCUAAUAGGGAUACUCAUAAGUAAGGUCUUGUAGAGUAAGUGCAAGUACAGAGGCUAGCAAAAUCUGCACAGAAAGUUGAAGUUAAUACAUCUAUGUAGGUCACUCCAAAAGUAAUGCUUCCUAUUUAUUUCCAUGGAAACUACAACAGAUACAAAGAGGACAAUAACGCUAUUUGAUAGAGCAAAUUCUAAGCUAAAGAACACAUAUCUUUCAACGCUGUCACCACUAUUAGCUGUGUGUUUUUGCCAGUGAUGAACAAGAGCCUGCAUGCCGCGCUUGUCAAAAUAUGCAUCACUGAAGGUGACCUACUGUCACCACUGCUGAAAUGCACCACCCACUGCCUCACUGUGCUCACACCCACUGCUUGGGCUCCAUAAGUGUUCAGCAAGAGUCAGUGAAUGUCAGUGGGUGCCGUUUGUUCCACAUGGAGGAAUUCAGUGACUCACCUUUGCUUCAUCUGCACUUCCAUGUCAGACACCAUUCUGUCGGACUGCCCCUCUACUGCUGUCUGUCACAUGGCAAAAAAUAAUGGAAUGUUGGUGGGAAGGUUCAGCUUCUACUGCCAUACCACCAACAUCUGCCUCUGACACCGUGGGCCAAUAUAAUGAAAUAGGAGGCAUUACUUUCGAAGCAGCCUUCAUAGAAAGGUGGACAUUUCACUUAUGUUAUGCAGAUAAUGGGAAACAUAUUGUGGAAAAUGUGACCAUUACAGGAGGAAAAUAGUACAGGUUGUGUAGUGCUGCUCACAUGAGAGGAAAAAGGAUAAGCUUUACAAAAACCUGCAUCAUUUAAUAUCAAACAUUUUGCAAUUUGAGAGAGCUUACCUGAAUAUAUUUUAUUACCUAUACACUUCUGUGCUUUCUGAAGUCAAAACUGGGUAGAAUAUGUCGACUAUUUUAAUUUAAUAUUUUGGAUUAUUCCCUUUGUUCUGUGGUCUGUGCAGAUUGCAGUACACUGUGAAAAUGACACUAGUUUCAAGUGGUGCUUUUUAAUAAAAUUUCCUACUUUGAAAUAUUACCUUGUGUUAAAAAUACUGUUUAGACACUUAACUUCUGUAUUAUAUUGUAAUAUGUUUUAAGAGAACUUUGCUGAAAUAAAUAAGACAAAAAGGCAUUAUUGAUUCCAUUGCAGUUUUUACCACUGCCUCUUUCUGAGACAGUUUUCCGAUGUUACUGAGCUAGUGACCUGGGCUUGUUGAAGUGACGUUAAACAAGAAAGUGAAGGUGGAGGGAAAUGGAGGUAGAAGGCAAGAAAAAUGGGAGAAUGAAGAAACAAACUCUAGUUGACUGAAUGCAGAAGACUUCAAACUGGAUUUCUUUAGAACAGUCUGAAAGAAAUACUUGCUUUCUCAACCAGUUGUAAUUGAAAAUGUGUUCAUCUGAAAACAGACUCAAUCACACGUGACUUCAUGUCUGUCUCUCUGACAAAGGACUUGCCACCUACAAACUUCUGUAAACCUCAGUAACAUCAGAGUAUGCUGAAUAUGCUCAUGUGUUUUGCUGAGCUGGCACAUUAAGUAGUGUAAUUGGGUAAUUACACAACUUGUACUAUGAAACCUCUGGAAAUAUUUGUGGGUUUUGGCAUGAAAGCUCAUCAUUACCUUCUAAGUAUGUUUGUAAUGGGAACCACUUCUCAUUAGAUAAACGAGCUUUCUCUGAGCUUCACAUUAUUAUCACUCGACUGCUAACGGUACCUAAUGUUGCUCGUUUAAGUCUCCUUUGAGUAUUUGUCUGUUAUACUGCAGCCAAUAAUGCAGACAUACUAAGUAUCUUCAGGACUUCUGUACAUGUGGGAUAUCAACAGAAUGUUCUUGUCACAGAUUUUCCUGAGCUGUUUCAUUGUUUUGAAUCAUAGAUUGAGUUGGUUCAGGAGUCCAUAUGAUAGAUAUGGGCUUUCAAUGCAAAUGUUACCCAGUGUGUGAUUUAGACUGGUUUUCACAUCUGAGUUGCAUGACCGCAGCCUUCU